AUGUCAACCGGAUCAUCGGGCGAUAAACCUAUUCCGGAGCCACAAAUUACCACACAGUUCGGUCGUGUUGAAUCAUUGAUUUCUGCGGCCGCGACUCAAAGUUCUUUGGCCCAGAUGGCCAACGACGAGAAACCGGGGGAAUCAAUAAACAAACGUUUGCAAAAUCAACAGGAGGGAUGCCCAGUCGAAAGCGUCUUUGAUAAGAAUAUGGAGACCUUGCGCAAACCGGACACCGCUACUUUGUUUGUCGCGUUAUACAAUUCCACUCAUGAUGAUGAAUUCCCCUGGUCAUUCAAAGCGGUGUCUGAACUGAUAAAUAUCCGAUCGUGGUCGUCGUCGUGCUUAGCUUACAUUUCGAGUAAAGCGCGUAAGGCGAUCGCUAAAGGGAAUAUUACAAUAUCUACAUCGAAAUGCCAUGUCUGUUUCACAAUCAUGGAUGACUGCUACGAGACACACAAGUUUGAAGAUUAUCACCAGAUGAUUCUCUGUCGUUGGUCUAUGCAAAGUUACAGCAAGCAUGCAUCGCCAGACUCUCCAUAUCUUAAAAAUCUUUGA